AUGUCGGUAUCUGCUGUGAAGCAUGUUCCGAAAUUUUCGAUAUGGUCAGUCGUCAGCAGUGUUGUAAAGAGGUACGAAACUAUUAUUGGGCUGACCAGCGUCCGCGAGGCCCAGAAUAAUGUUCUCGAGGCAGAGAAGAAGUUCAGUGAGUUCCAGAAUCAGAGAAGACAAAUUCAGACAGAGAUGCACCAGGUUCAGGAGAGGAGGAAGGAGAUUCGCUCUGAAUUGGAUCGCACGCCUCGAAGUGAGGAUCGCUACUUGCAACUACUGACUGAGGAGCAUGCGGUCAUCAAGAAUGAGAAAUCGUUGUACGAACGGUUCAGACUGACAGAGCUGGCCGAGCGCGAGUCCUUCAGCAUGCUCUCUUCGCGUCUGCGUGAGAGCCACGAAAAGGAGCGCGAACGGGUAGAACGAACCAAAUACUGGUCGAUUAUCGGUUCAAUUAUGGGCGCGUUGAUCGGCAUUGGUGGUACGACGAUCAACAAUUGGAAACGAAUGAAUGAACUGAAGACGAUCGUUCGCGAGUCGACCAAUCCUCAGCAAAUGGAAACAAUCCUAAGUCAACUGGCGAACGUAGUGGCCAGUCAGCAGCAGCAGGUGACGACCUUUGUUGGAGAUCUAAAGACGAUGUUGAAUAUGUGCGAUGGUGCUGCCGUUAAACCGCGCUCCAACCAGGACAUCGAAACACUGUUGUCUACGAAACAGUACGAAGAGAUCAUCGAGACUAUUCGGGAGCAGAACGCAAACGUCAAUGGGGAGAUGGAUCAAAUCAAAAAGAUGAUCGCCGCGGAGCACGGCUAUUCCGUCGAGGACGCUGGCACCAUUGUGUACGUUGGGCCGGAAAUGGAGAAACUGCUAAACCGGACGGAAAAGAAUCUUGAAUGGUCUUUAAAAAAGAAUGCCAUUAUGAACGUACUGAUGGUGUACACUGCACUUAUAUUUCUCGUUCCAUUUCUGGCAGCGACUUGCAAGGGAGACUGA